AUGGCCUCAGAUGAUGCCAAGCAUCAAGAAGACAUCAUAUUCGCCCUUACGUCAUACCAAAGAGAAAACUACGACAAACCCAUCAUCAGUACACCACCCGAGAUCCAUGCGCUUGUCCAGCCGUUCAUCACUGAACCCUUCACAACCGAUGCCACCUCAACGCUCGGUUGCCUGCAAGCCCUCCCGACCGAAAUCAUAAUCGAGGUGUGCCACGCCAUGGACAUCAUCACGCUCUUCCGCUUCCGUCAGACCAACCGCCGGGCGCGCCAAGUCGUGUCGGACAUCAAGGCCUACCGAGACACCUCCACCUAUGCCCUCGAGAGCUUCAGGGCAGUUCUGCGCCUCGAUAUCACCACCGCGACCAUAGUUGACCUCCAUGAGGUCCUGCAGGGCCCGUCAAAGUGCGCCACCUGCGACCGGUUCGGCUACCUCCUCUUCCUCCCCAAGAUGCAGCGCUGCUGCGCCAACUGCCUCGAAGGUUGGAGAAAUACAAGCUACUCCAUUGCCCCGGUCACCACCGUGGCGAAGCUGAUUGGCAUACGGCACGGCAGACUUAGAAGGGUCGUCGCCUCCACGCGGUCGCUGACGGGGCCGUUCCUGCACAGCGAAUACCGCGGCAACAGGCGUUACAACCUCGUGACCCAGGACGACGUUAUGCUGGAGUUCCCUGACGUUGAGCCAAAGUCCCCGUUUUUCCCCGGUCCGACAUCCAAGGUCUUUGAGGCACAGUGGGGUAAAUUCAUCCGUUACAGAUACAUGGUGACUACUUUCAUUCCCUACGUGAACCGCUGCUCGGGCAUCAUCGAGCGGCGUUACAGCUGUGAAGGCUGUAGGAAGUUCGCGGAGAAAGGGGGCCACUACGGCCACUCACCCAGGGAUGACGUGACCGCGUGCUUCUCGAGAGAGGAGUUCUUGGAACAUUUUCGCACGUGUCGUUUUGCCCAACGGGUCUGGAAGGGAUGCUGA